AUGGAGCGGCCGGCGCGGCUCUACGGGCUCUGGGCGCUGCUGCUUUGUGCCGGCUGCGGCGCCGUGCCCACGGGUGAGUGCGACCCCUGGGGACUCCAGGAUGGCUGCCUGCCUAGGCGCCUUCGGGUUGUGGGCCAAAGCAGGGAUGACCACUUCGGAGGGGGUAGGCGUGGGCAAGUCCUCUCGACUUCUUGUUCUGGGCGAUCACAGCCCCUCCUGAGCCAGGUUAGACGUGGGAGACCCCGGAGCGGCGGUCCUUUCCCAGAUCCCGGGCGGGGGUGUGACGGAGACGGAACAGGACAAGGACUUGCGCCAUUGGGAAACGUCGGAGAAACCUUGGCGCUUGGGCAUAAGACUGAAACCAACCCUGCACAGGUCGGGGUUCCGACGUUUGCAAGCAAGCCCAAGAGAGGGUUCUCGGGGGUCAGAAGUCCGUUGGGAAACGUGGAGCAGCAUCCGGGCGAAUGCCCUUUUAAUAACCUUUAUGUUGUGGAAUCAUUUUCGAUUUACGGACAAGUUGCAACAAUUGAAAAAGGGUCUCUCAAAGUUUUGCUGUCACAUCAACACCGACGACCAGGGUUUUCUGGUUGUUUCUCGGCCAGUGUAUUGUGCUGGUUACCCCGCAGUGAAAAUGUUGAUCAGGAAACCUUGAUGUGCCCCAUUGACUCAGUCACCAAAAUCAUCCUGAUCGUGGGAGUAUUUAUAAACACAUUUCAGCUACCAGCUUGGUUUAGUAUUCUGGAGGUUGGAACCCCCCCUCCACCUGUGACAAAUUUGAGUGUCUUCGUGGAAAACCUCUGCACGAUCAUAUGGACCUGGAAUCCUCCUGAAGGGGUCAGCCCAAACUGCAACCUAUCCUAUGUGACCAAUUUUGACAAGAACCAGGAAAAGAGAAUCGCUCCAGCAACUCGCCGUUUGGAAGAAGUGGCCCUCAACGAGCGGGUUUGCCUGCAAGUGCGGUCCCAGUGUGGCUCCAAUGAAAGUGAGAAGCCGAGCGAUCUGGUAGAAAAGUGCAUCUGGCCCCCUGAAGGUGACCCAGAGUCAGCCGUGACCGAACUCCAAUGCAUCUGGCACAACCUGAGCUUCUUGAAGUGUACUUGGCUCCCUGGAAGGAACACAAGUCCAGACACUAAUUACACACUCUACUACUGGUAUGAAAGUCUAGGUAGUAUCCUUCAAUGUCAAAACUUCUGUAGAGAAGGUCAGUACUUCGGUUGCUCCUUUGUGGUGACUAAAGAGAAUGAUCUCAAUGUCCAAAUCAUGGUUAAGGAUAAUGCAGGAAAAAUCAGACCAUCCUACAGUAUAGUGACCCCGUCAUCUCAUGUGAAGCCCGGCCCUCCACAUAUUAAAAGUCUGUUCUUCCAAAAUGGCAACUUGUAUGUGAGAUGGAAGAAUCCACAGAAUUUUCAAAGAAGCUGCUUAUCUUACCAAAUAGAAGUCAACAACACCCAAUCUGAUACAUCUAACGUGUUCCAUGUCAAAGAACCCACGUGCCCAAAUGCAGAAUCAGAGGGCACGAUUUGUUUCAUGGCUCCUGGGCUCCUGCCUGAUGCUUUGAACACAGUCCGAGUAAGAGUCAGAACAAACACAUUAUGCUACGAGGAUGACAAAAUUUGGAGUAAUUGGAGUGAAGCCAUGCCUAUCGGUAAAAAUGACAACCCCACUAUCUACAUUACAAUGCUACUCAUCAUUCCAGUCAUCGUUGCAGGAACAGUCAUAGUCCUUCUACUUUAUCUAAAAAGGCUCAAGAUCAUUAUAUUCCCUCCAAUUCCUGAUCCUGGCAAAAUUUUUAAAGAAAUGUUUGGGGACCAGAAUGAUGAUACCAUGCACUGGAAGAAGUAUGACAUCUACGAGAAGCAAACCAAAGAAGAAACCGACUCAGUUGUGCUAAUAGAAAACCUGAAGAGAGCCUCUCAGUGAUGAGCAAAAUUGCUUUUCAUCUUCACUGCGACCUUGUGAUGAUUCCGCCUAUUCUCCAUUUGUUAUCUGUGAACUGGGUAAAAUGGAAACUGAAACUACUGGACCACUUCAAAACAGGCAGCUCUUAAGAGAGCCACUGGUCGGUUGGUCUGCAUGUUGAAUGGGGAAGAAAAGGAAAAGAAAAAAAAACACCCCAAAACAAAUGGGGACCCUUUGGAGAUGAGAGUAGAGUCACAAUUCUACCUGAAUUAUGAAAGCCGGCAUUCUUUGUGUGGAGGCUUCAAACUUGGGAACAAAGCAGAAAGCGAGGAUGGCAGUGGAGUGAAUCUAUAAAGAGUUGUGUCAACUUCCUUAGGACUCUGUGCCUGCUCUGUAUUCUUCGUGUCAAACAAUACCAACAGUGCUGAGAUGUGAUGGGAACUCUUUAGGUGCUAAAGCUAAUACCCAGCUUAGGUCACAGAGAACAUCAGACAAUGAAAUUGAUAAAAGGUCUAUGUCUAUUGUUUGCGAUCCCACAAAGUAAUAUUUCUAGCUAUUAAAACUCUGUAACAGUUCCAUAUCAAGAGUUCUUUCAGCAAGUCUUUCCUUUACUUUGAAAGGCCCAACCCAUCUGCAUUAGCACCAGUGGUAACAAGCACAGAAGAGACAGCUUCUUACCAUGCAAGUACUUUCAGUGCCCAUGUGGGGCUUUGAAACUCAGUGAGGGCAGAAGGGCUCAUGGGUAUUAGAGUUGAAACCACUGCAGCCUCUAGUGACCUAUUUUUUUUUUUUUUGCUUUGUUUCUUUUCUUUACCUCUGCUCUACUCCGGCAGAUUGUGCUGCCCCUCGAGAGCCCCAGGUAUGAGGCAGGGACUCCUUCAAAGAGUUGAUAUUCUAGUUGGCCCUCCUCCCUUCUUCCCACUUCCUUUAUCUCCACUAGUCACUUUUCAGAUAUGUCAGCUCCCCAGUUCCCACCCCAGCUCCUCCCUCAUUCCCUUUAUGGGAGUCUUUCACCUAUCAUUAGAAGCCAGAAUACAAAUCUGCCAUGAACAGCUAGAGGAACAGGGAGUAGUAAUUGGCAUCUCAGGGGAAGUGUGGCUAGACUGAGAAAUAAUAGGGAAUUCAUGCACACUUAGUAACUUCAGUGCAUUUAUUGGGGGUUGUUCAGCGUUACAGAUUACUCUGCAUUUUUCUAAACAGGAACGAGGUAUUAUUCUCACUUAAGAGUUUUGUAUUGGCCUGAAAAGUAAAGAAUGGCUGUGCCUUUUUCUCUUUCUGCUGAAAAGGGGCAUGAACCCUCAGAUUCCUCUAUCCUCUUAUUUUGUUGAAUGGUUAUUAAGAAGGCUUUGUGUCUUGUUUUGAUAGCCAGCAUCUAAAGCUCCAAUGUCUAUAUUCAUUCUUUUCCCACAUAUUAGGGUUCCAUUCUGGCCCAUACACACAUUCCCAUGUGUGUGUACAUACAUAUUUCCCUCUGUGUAUGUAUUACCUCUGUUCCUCCUAUGUCCACCAAACUUAAAGAAGUAUGGAAAUGAGAAGUCCCUCCCAAUAUGUCUCUCCCACACACCCAGACUCAAAUAAUUGGUGGGAACAUGAGAAUGUUAUAAUACAAGCUCUUGACUAAACACUCAACCAUUUGUAUUAAUAAAAUGAUACUACUACUCACAA